AUGGCGGUGCCGACCCCGCCCCGCGCUAUUUUGGGCCGGGGGGCGCGGCUGCCGGGCGCAGGGCUCGGCCAGGCCGGGCCGGCCAGGCCGGACCCGGGGCAGCCAACCCGCGGGCCCGUCACCGCCCCCCGGCCCCCGGUGCGCGCCCCCGGGGCCGCCGCCGCCACCGAGCCGGGCCGCGAGGGGGCGCGCUGGCCCCGCCCCGCCCAUAGCCCCGCCCCGCGGUGCCAAGAUGGCGGCGGCGUCGCGGCGCCGGUAGCAGCGGCUAUGGAGGGAGAGAGCGGCUCGCUGGGCCCUGGCGAGCGCUGGGCGCCGGUGGGCGCCGUGUCAGCGGAGGAGGACGAAGAUGAGGAAGACGAAGAGGCGGCGGCCACGGGAGGAGACUCGCCGCAGUCAGUGCCGCGGCUGCGGGCCGAGCGGCGCCGGCUGCAUGGGGCGCUGCUGGCGCUCGCCUCGCACUUCGCUCAGGUGCAGUUCCGGCUGCGGCAGGUGGCCCGGGCCGGCCCGGCCGAGCAGCAGCGCCUGCUCCGCGACCUCGAGGACUUCGCCUUCCGCGGCUGCCCCGCGCCGCUUCCCCACGGUCUCGGCGCCGCUCCGGGUGAGCGAGAGAAGCAGGAGCAAAUUGAGGUCCAGAAAGAGAAGCACAGAGAGCUGAUCCUGCAGCUCAAGACACAGCUGGAUGACCUAGAGACCUUUGCUUACCAAGAGGGCAGCUAUGAUUCUCUGCCACAGUCUGUGGUUAUGGAAAGACAACGGAUGAUUAUAAAUGAGUUGAUAAAGAAGCUCGACAUGGACUUGAGUGAAGAUUUUGCAACGCUCUCUCCAGAGGAACUGCGGCAGCGGGUGGAUGCUGCCAUAGCACAGAUUGUGAAUCCAGCCAGGGUGAAGGAGCAGCUGGUGGAACAACUGAAGACCCAGAUAAGGGACCUCGAAAUGUUCAUCAACUUCAUUCAGGAUGAAGUUGGAAGCUCUGGCAAGGCAGAAGAUGGCCACUGUGACUGUGGAGGCUCCUAUAAACCCAGCACCCGGCCUUCUGGGAACAGAGUGAACCCAGAAGAUGCCAGAAGGAUGCAAGAAACAGGCCUGCAGCUCAUGCGCCGCAUGCUGGCCGUGCUGCAGAUCUUUGCUGUGAGCCAGUUUGGCUGUGCCACGGGUCAGAUCCCUCGCACCCUCUGGCAGAAGGACCAAGACAACCAGGACUUCUCCCCCUUAAUUGAGAAACUGGAGCUGUCGGUGGAGCGGGUGAGGCAGCUUGCCCUGAAACACCAGCAGGCAGAGCAUGUUAUCAGCUCCUCUGAGCUGCAGGACGUUCCCCUGGGAGGCAGAGACGAGCUGACUCUGGCUGUGCGCAGGGAGCUGACGGUCGCUCUGCGGGACCUGAUGGCUCACGGGCUCUACGCCUCUUCCCCAGGCAUGAGCCUGGUGUUGGCCCCCAUCGCAUGCCUGAUUCCUGCGUUCACGCCCUCACCGCGGACCAUGCACCCCUGGGAACUCUUUGUCAAGUAUUACAACGCUAAGAACGGACAAGCCUUUGUGGAAUCCCCAGCUCGCAAGCUCUCCCAGUCCUUCGCCUUGCCUGUGACAGGAGCAGUGGUGGCUACCCCGAAGCAGAGCCUGCUGGCAGCCAUCCACACGGUGCUCACGGAGCACAGCCCCUUCAAGCGCAGCGCAGACUCAGAGCUGAAGGCGCUGGUGUGCAUGGCGCUGAACGAGCAGCGCUUGGUUUCGUGGCUCAACCUCAUCUGCAAGUCUGGAGCUUUGGUUCAGUCUCACUACCAGCCCUGGAGCUACAUGGCCAACACCGGUUUCGAAAGUGCACUCACCCUCCUCAGCCGCCUGAGCAACUUGAAGUUCAACCUCCCAGUUGACUUGGCUGUUCGGCAGCUGAAAAACAUCAAAGAUGCUUUUUGAUGUGUUUUUAUUGUAGAUCAUCCAUUUUCCACUAGUAGGCAGCUGUUGGGCUCAAGAAGCCUGGCUUUUGUAAGACCAA